AUGUCUCGUCUUGGUAUUUACGAAGUCAUUCCUGAAAUGCUGGAUUAUGCCCAAAAGUUGGUGUUAGAACGGCCAAGAAAACGGAACCGGUUUUUGCUAUUCCGCCGAAGCGCUUAUGAAUUGACAAAGCGAGAGAUAUUGCGCGAAUACAGUCCAAAUGAACUGAGUCAAAUAUGGAAUGGUUUGCCCCACAACAUUACGAAUCAGUUCCAGCGUAUUGUUGAAACUGCCAAACAUAUACCAGCAGUUAUUGGGGAGGUGCGAGUGCCGGGUAGAAAACGAAAAAGAGGCCCACGCCAAGACUCGUUUGCAGUUCAAAUAUCGUUAAACGUGCCUCGGCAUUUAGAGAAUAGUUAUCAACAGACUAUCAUGAUAACUGACCCCAUCAUUAGGAGGCUUGAAGAGAAUGCGGAGAAUGCGAUAUUUGAUGAGUAUACGACGCUCAACACUAGGUGA